AUGGCAUCCAUUUUCAUGUGUUUGUUUGGAGGAGACGCCGACCGGGGGCGAGCCCAGCGCCACACCGGACGAGAGACGCCGACCGGAGGCGAGGAGACGCCGACCGGGGGCGAGCCCAGCGCCACACCGGACGAGGAGACGCCGACCGGGGCGAGCCCAGCGCCACACCGGACGGGGAGACGCCGACCGGGGGAGCCCAGCGCCACACGGGACGAGGAGACGCCGACCGGAGGCGAGGAGACGCCGACCGGGGGCGAGCCCAGCGCCACACCGGACGAGGAGACGCCGACCGGGGGGCGAGCCCAGCGCCACACCGGACGAGGAGACGCCGACCGGGCGCGAGCCCAGCGCCACACCGGACGAGGAGACGCCGACCGGGGGCGAGCCCAGCGCCACACCGGACGAGGAGACGCGACCGGGCGCGAGCCCAGCGCCACACCGGACGAGGAGACGCCGACCGGGGGCGAGCCCAGCGCCACACGGGACGAGGAGACGCCGACCGGGGGGCGAGCCCAGCGCCACACCGGACGAGGAGACGCCGACGGGCGAGCCCAGCGCCACACGACGAGGAGACGCCGACCGGGGGCGAGCCAGCGCACACCGGACGAGGAGACGCCGACCGGGGGCGAGCCCAGCGCCACACCGGACGAGGAGACGCCGACCGGGCGCGAGCCCAGCCCACACCGGACGAGGAGACGCCGACCGGGGGCGAGCCAGCGCCACACGGGACGAGGAGACGCGACCGGAGGCGAGCCCAGCGCCACACCGGACGAUGGAGACGCCGACCGGGGGAGGCGAGCGCCACACCGGACGAGGAGACGCCGUACCGGGGGCAGCCCAGCGCCACACCGUGACUAG